AUGGAUGAUGCAUCUGUUGUUCCUUACAAUAAAGAUCUUUUACUUCGCUUUAUGGCACAUUUCAACGUUGAAUAUUGCGGUUGGAGUAUGCUCAUCAAGUAUUUGUUUAAAUAUAUAUCUAAGGGUGUCGAUCGUAUUCGCUUCACAAUCACAAAAGCGCCUUCUUCUUCUUCCGAAACCGAACGCCCGUCGUCGUCUUCUAUUGAUGAAGUAAAAAACUUUGUCGACGGUCGUUUUGUUUGUCCACACGAGGCCGUUUGGAGAAUAUUUGAAUUCCCAAUUCAUAGUAGAAAUCCAUCUGUCUUAGUACUUGUUGUUCAUUUAGAGAACAUGCAAAACAUCAGCUUCAAGGAUUCCCAACGGUUAGAAAGCGUGCUGCACAAUCCUGCUGCUAGGCAAACAACUUUGACGGAAUGGUUACACAAUAACCAGGUAGAUGAAAAAGGCCGACAUCUUCAAUACGUUGACUACGUCUCUGAAUAUAGAUGGGAUCUCUCUGGAAAAUGCAUCCUGGAUUCGUAG